AUGUCACUUAUUCUAAGUAAAAGAGAACAUGAUAAAAAAGAUGUUGUUACAUCAUUUACUCCCUGGACGGAAGAAAAUGAUAAGGAGGACAAGUUUGAAGAUGCCCAUGAGAUUAUCCCUGCAGCAGCAACAAUGACUCUAAUAUCUUCCCUGGAAGAAUGCACAACUGGAUUGUAUUUAUUUCUAAAUAACAGGUUCUCAGAUGCCAUAAAUCUCAUUUAUCCGUGGUCGAAAAACAGCAUAUACCAUGCUCUAGUUUAUGGUAUCCUUAUGGUUGUCAAAGCCAUCUUGACUUUUGAUCCACAGGAUAUAGAGAUUGGAAUGACUGCUGUAAAGGAAGCUUUGAAAACUUGUAACAAUUUCCGAAGAAAAGGCAGGAUGACAAGUUUUUCUCGUCUAGUGAGUAAACAGGGAAUCAAGGCUGUCAAAGAAGAGGAAUUGCAUGCUGAAGUCUGCUAUGCUGAGUGUUUGAUCUUAAAAUCAGCUGUAACACUUAUACAGGACGACAGUAUACUUGGUUUUCUUAAAAGUGGGAUCAACAUUGGGUUAAGUUACCAAAUAUACAAAGACUGUCAACAAAUAUUAACACAGAUACCUACCAACCAAAGCAAAACCUCCAGACACCUGGUUGGAGGAAUAAAAUUUGGACUUGGAACAUUCAAUUUGAUGUUAUCACUUAUGCCACUAAAGACACUUAAAUUACUCAAUGUUGUUGGAUAUUACGGUGAUAAAGAGGUAGGCUUGACUUUGCUUCGUGAGAGUGCAUCUGAAUCCCAUAUUAAUAAUGUCCUAAGUAUUUUGACACUACUCUUCUAUUACAAUUAUAUCUGUGUAGCUUUUGGUGUUGAAAUGGGACAUAAUUCUUCUAUAGAGAACCUCUUCCUAAUGUAUCUCCAGAAAUUUCCAAAGUGUAUCAUACUUAAAUUUUUUCAUGCACGUUUUAGUAUGUUGAAAGGAAGAUUUGAAAAUGCACAAUCAACAUUAGAGGAGUGCAUUGUUAUUCAGAAUGAAUGGAAGCAGCUUAAUCACCUCUGUUACUGGGAACUCAUGGGGUGCCACAUUUUCCAGCAGAAUUGGAAGCAGGCUUACCGCUACGCUGAUCAGCUGUUUCAAGACAGCAAGUGGUCCAGGGCAAUGUAUUCAUACAGUAAAGCUAUGCUACUGGCUUUGCUUCCUUCUGGCUUUGCUAAAUCAGUAAAUGAGGACAUGAACUCUCUCUUCUUAAAUGUGGAUAGCCUGAGAAUCAGAUUUUUAGGAGCUUCUGUGCCAAUAGAAAAGUUUGUUGCUGAGAAGGGUCAGCGCUAUGGUUCUACUACAGGCUGGUUUACAGCACAACCCAUUCUGGAAUUCAUUUAUGCCUGGAGUGGUUUUCGAGUCAUGAGCAAAAGACUACACCUUAUUUCAUGCUGGCUAUCAAUAAUUGACAAAGGACACGAUCUUUUACGAGAAAAUCCAAGUAAAGAGUAUGGCACAGAUGACAUAAGUUUGCUAAAUUUACUGAAAGGUCUAUGUCUGAAACACUUAGGCAAAUAUUCGAUGGCUGAGCAGUACUUUAAUCAUGUUAUUCAAAAGCAGAAAUUGUUAAAAUAUGACCAUUAUUUGGUGCCGUAUGCUUACUAUGAACUGGGAAUUCUAUACUAUCUGAAAGGAGAUUAUGACAGUGCAAUAAAAAACCUAGAAAACAUAAAAAACUACAAAGACUAUUCCAUGGAAGCCCGGUUACAGUUUAGGGCUCAUGUAGCUCUUGAACAAAUAGCUAAAGAAAAGUGA